UGCCCAUUUCCACAAUAAGUGCUCGGUCAUUCUGCCGUCCUCAAAUCCAUUGAUAGAUCUCCAUCCCAGGUCGAGUUCUAAAAGACCUUUUUCGCCUCCUCUGUGUCAUCCCAAUCCAUCAUGGCUUCCGGCUACGAUCGCGCUAUCACGGUUUUUUCGCCUGACGGCCAUUUAUUCCAAGUUGAGUAUGCGCAAGAAGCCGUCAAAAAAGGUUCCACGGCUGUGGGUGUUCGUGGCAAUGAUGUGGUGGUGUUGGGCGUGGAGAAGAAGGCCGUGGCCAAGUUGCAGGAAGAGCGGACGGUUCAGAAGAUUUGCCUCUUGGACGAUCACGUCAUGUUGGCUUUUGCGGGUUUGACGGCCGAUGCGCGGAUUUUGAUCAAUCAAGGCCGAGUGGAAUGCCAGUCCCAUAAACUGACGGUCGAGGAUCCCGUCACCCUUGAGUACAUCACCCGUCACGUGGCCGGUGUCAAACAGAAGUACACGCAAUCUUCGGGUCGUCGGCCUUUUGGCAUCUCUUGUUUGCUGACCGGGUUCGAUUAUGACGGCACGCCUCAUUUGUAUCAAACCGAUCCGGCCGGCAUCUACUCGGAAUGGAAGGCCAACGCCAUUGGCCGGAGCGCCAAAACCGUACGAGAGUUCCUGGAGAAGAACUACAAUGCGGAAGUGGCCACCAAGGAAGACGACACCAUCAAGUUGGCCAUCAAGGCCUUGUUGGAGGUGGUGCAACAAGGCGGCAAGAACCUGGAAGUGGCCGUGAUGCGGCGAGGUCGCAAGAUGGAAAUGCUGUCAGUCGGCACCAUCGACGAGCACGUCAAGGUCAUCGAAAAGGAAAAAGAGGAGGAAGCGGCCAAGCAAAAGCGAGAACGCGGAUCUGGCGCUGCGGCUCAAGAUUCGUAGACCGGUCGGUUGGAACUUGUUUUAAUGACCCUAAAAUAUAACCAUUGAGACCAUGAGAUUGUA